CGGGCAAAGCGGCCUUGCGCUGCCCCGCUCGAAGAGAGCCAUGGACGCGGCCCACCGAGCCGCCCUGCUCGCGGCCUCCUGCCUCCACACGCCGGUAGACCCGCGCACCAGGGCACCGGUCGCGCUUUACGAGAGGGAGACCGGAAGGCCCGCGCCGGGGGGCGGCGAGCGGCAGGAUAGUUUGAGUCCUAAGAAACAGCAGCAUUCUACUGGGCACGCCGACUGCAGAGACUGGAUAGACCUCUCCAAAAUGUACCUUUCAAAUCAAGAAUAUUAUUUAAAGCUGGAAGAGCUUAAGUACGCUCACCUGGAGACCAUGGCAAAAUUGGAAAACAUGUAUCGGAAUAAACUGUAUCUAAAAGAUGUUCAGCCUUUAUCAAAUCUGGAUGUGACCCAUAGUAUGAUUGAUAGAUCUUGGGAGCCAAGCCCCUUUCAACCUCAGAAUAUGUGUAAAUCAUUUUCUGAGCCUGAUUUGAACAAUUCUUUUCAUUCAGAUUUAUCUCAUAUAUCUGAUAAAGAAUUAGAGUUAGAAGAAAAUGACAGUGAAGACAGAUCACUAACCUUUGGUAAGGAGCAAGCUGAAAAUUCAUGGGAUGGGUCAUCUUUGGAGGACUAUUCUCACUGCAACCAAAGUAUUUUAUCCAAAUUACAGACUUUGAGGAAGAGCAGGAGGAAGAAAAAAAAGUGGUCCCCAAAGAUCACAGUACCUGAGCCUUUCCAGAUGACUAUCAGAGAAGCUAGGAUAAAACAACAGAACAUAAAGUCAAAGUCACUGAUUGAACUAGAAAAUAACUUGCUGAGGAAAGAAUUGGAGGAGGAAGCAGAAUGUCAAAAGAAAUUCCGAGCCAAUCCAGUGCCUGCUUAUGUUUUUGUCCCUCUCUAUCAUGAGAUUAUGCAGGAAAACGAAGAACGUAGAAAGGCACUAAGAGAGAGAAGGCGAAAGAUCCUUCUAGCUUCACAAAAGCCAUUUCAGUUUAUUGAGCGGGAAGCACAAAAGAAAGAAAUGAAGAAAAUGCAGUUGAAGGGCAUUUCUUCACCAGAAAAGAAAGCAAAAGUAUUCAAAGCAAAGCCAGUUCCUAAAUUUGUUUAUAGUUCAGAAAUUAAUGAGAGGCUAAAGGAAGAAGAGCUUUAUAGAGAUAUUAGAAUUCAGAUGAGAUCAGAAGAGCUUCUGCGCAAUUCAUCUGUCCCUAACAGUAGGUUAGGAAACAGAGGCAUUAAUAAGAAUAGGCAGCAAAAUCAUCUUGAGCUGACUAAAGAAGUGGAACACAGACCAAAGACCAAAGCCAAGGUCCCAGAUUUUGAAAGUUUACAUCAAAAAUUCCUGAAGCGGCUUCAGAGACAGAAGAAUGUGAAACACAUUACAGCCUGUGAACCCUUCAAUCUCUGUACACCAAAUAUAGAGUCCAACAAAGAGAAAAUUCUUGAGGACAUUCAAAUGGAUGAAGAAAAAUUAAAGGAAACACGCUGGCCCUAUGCCUCUUCAAGAGCGAAGCCUCAGAUGAGGUCUUUGAAUGCAAAUUCAUCUCCUUCAGGCUGUGAAGGAUCUGUAUCUCCAAGAAUUACAGAAUCUACAAGACGACGACUGCAAGCAGUCAGGGAGUCAGCUGAGGAAAAAAGGAAGGUAGAAGAAGAGAAGAAGAAAAAUAGAACAAAACAAAAAGAAAGAGCAAGAAAGCUACAGAGACUUAUACACACCCGGGCUGAGGCAAAUGAUCCCCAUCAAAGUCUAGCUCAGAUGCAUAAAUCGAAGUUUAAAAUAUUCAGGAAACAUGAAAAGCAGAGAAUGAAAGAAUAUCUCCAGGAGUUGGAAGAAAUGGAAGAAAGAGUGCAAAAGAGGCCACUGUUGUUGGAACAAGCUACACAGAAAAAUGCACGAAUAGCUGCUGAGAAGCAUUACUCUGAUAUUCUUCGAGAGCUGGGACUAUGUGAAGAGUUUGUUUCAAAGAAAGGUGAAACGGCUACAAAAAUGCUUUUGCAGGACCAUUCCAGUGGUGGCUCUGACAUUUUGACAGCAGACGGCGAAAGUGAUAAUGAAAAUAAAGCAGGAGAUGGAGAAUUUGAGAGAGAAUGGGAGAGCUCACAACUCCAUUCUGCCCAGUCCUGUGGAGAGGAGGAUGGUGAUGAGGAGGAUGUGGAAGCCUCUGAAGAUGAGCUGGACAUGGAGGCUCAGCCAGAUCACGAUGACCAGGAUGCUUCUGAGUAUGAAAACAAUGAACAAGCUGCCACAGAAAAAACCAGUGAUGAUGAAGGCUAAUUGAAGUACAUGGCUGCUUCCAUGUUGUGUGGGUUUGGGUGUUUUGCAUUUAUUCUAUUGCUCCAAAUAAUAUAAGAGAGGGGGGGGGGAAGGAACAACUGGUGCAAAUAGAGUUUUGAAGCAUUUUUAAUGUGCCGAUCAGCUGUGAGUUUUCAACUGACAUAUUUUAUUUUAUUUAUUAAAUUUGUAGUCUGCCCUAUAUCUGCAAGUCUCAGGGUGGUUACCGGGAUAAAAUCAGAAUAUAAAACCACAAAAUUCAUAAUCAAAACAAAAACAACCAAAUAAUCCUUCCCCCACAUUUUAAAAAGGCCUGGUUAAAGAUGAAGGUUUUUGCCUGGCACCUAAAGGUGUAUAAUGAAGGCCCCAGGCAAACCUCCCUGGGGAGAGCAAUGCACAGAUGCGGAGCCACUACAGAAAAACAUGUGUUCCCACCCUAUGGAUCUCGUGGAGGAGGCACACGAAGAAGGACCUCAGAAGAUGAUCUCAGGGUCUGUGUAGGUUCAUAUGGAAAGAGGUGGUCCUUGAGGUAUUGCAGUCCUGAGCUGUUUAAGGCUUUAUAGGUUAAAAACAGCACUUUUAAUUGGGCCUGGAAACUAAUUGGUGUCCAGUGCAGUCAGAGCAGGAUCGGUGUAAAACACUCAAACCAUCUUGCCCCAGUGAGCAACCUGGCCGCUGAAUUCUGCACUAGCUGAAGUUUCCAAACCAUCUUCGGAGGCAGCCCUACAUAUAAUGCAUUACAGUAAUCCAACCUUAGAGGUUACCAGAGCAUAGGCAACAUUAGUUAGGCCAGGGGUCACCAACUUAAGGCCCAUGGGCCGGAAGCGACCCGCAGAGGUUGUUUGACCAGCCCACGAGCCGCCCCUGAACCGAGCCGCCCGCUUGCGCGCUGCACUAAGACGGUGCAGCAUGGCGCAGGGACUCGCUUCCGUGACGCCGAAAAUUGCGUCUGCGCAGACGCCAAAAAUUGUGUUUGCAAUCCGGCUCAUGGAGGGAUCUCCAUGGGACCGAUCCGGCCCAGGCAAGAUAAACCUUGCUGACCCCUGAGUUAUUAGGCUAUCCCUGUCCAGAUAGGGGCAUGGCUGGGCCACCAGCCAAAGCUGAUGGAAGGCACCCUGGGACACUGAGGCUACCUUUCAUUUACUCCUUUUAUUAUAAAAAGCAAAGGUAGCAUGUUGGUCCCUAAGGGGAAAAAACCCUCCAAAAUUUACAGUUUGGCAAUACCUUAUUAGGACAAAUCGAAAUAUCACAAAGCAGUGGCAAACA